AUGGACGACGAUUUGGAGUACAGUGACACGACACCGUUGUUGGGUGUUCGGGAGAGGACAUUCAAACGAGGAAUCUGGAGGCCGAAGAUUAGAGUGGAGCCGAAUCGUCGUUGUUUCCUCGCCAUGCAACUCCCAUCUAGCUCCUCCACUGAACUCUAUCAAAACACAAUCAUUCAACCACCGUCACGCAGAUUUUCCGCUAUUGAGUUAAACGCUGAAGAGUUGGCGAGACGAUUGCUGAUGAUUGAGAGUCCACAAGGAAUGCCUAGGGGUUUCUUCGGUGAUCGGAUUAAGAAAAACUCGAAACGGAGAUCGUAUGAGUGUUCGGUGUUCGAGGUGGUCGAUUUGGGGCCAGUCAGUCGCGAUAAAGGAUCCACGAAUUCUUUGGGUCCCGCAGCUGUUCAUCGUGUCUCUAUUCGAAGACGAAGACCUGGCAGUGAUAAAUCCGAGGCCUCAAAGAGUCAGAAAUCGCGAAGCUCCGUGAAAUCGAACAAAUCAACGAAACCUGAGGAACUAGUGAAAGUGCCAUUACCGCAAAAGUCAAGGCGAAAGAAAUUGCUUUGUUGCUGCAAGUCUGAGGACUCUGAUGAAGAGCUUGAUACAUCGAUGCAAACAAAUGCCAACUCUACAGUACCUUUAAGGCCUGAAGAAAGCCCAAGUGUGUUGCUAAGGGCAAAGCGGCGAAUCUCAAAGCUUACGGUGAGUGAAGAGACUUUUCAAAAGAGCCUUGUAGCU